AUGUCCUUUCCCAACAAUUAUGACACCUUUGACAAAGGUAUUAAGCCUGCUCACAUUCACCCACUGACUUUCCUUCUAUCCUCCGAGCCCGAAUAUGCGGACCUCGCACUGAGAGACGAAGCGACGCAUUUCUGGGCCCAUGGAAAUGAGUCGGUCGAACAAGCACGACGAUUGUACCUCAUUUUUCGCAUCGCCAAGAUGAUCCAAGCCUAUAUGGAUGCUAUGGGACUGUACCCUUUAAUCUGGCUUUUUGAGCUACAAUUUGAGGACGCCCUCACGCCCAAAGAACGAAACCAAUUUCAAUUCCAGUCGGUGUCCAUCAAGGAUUUCUGGGUCCCGUAUUGGCGAAGACGUAGAGAUGUAUGGAGCCGAGACAUAGGAUACUUGCAAGUGUCUUAUGGUGUUUGGGAGUUAGGAGUGGAAGUUUACAUGCUGGCUCGCAACUCUUUGCAGCGCUGGCCCCGCAUAGCUGCUGCUCCCAAAUGUCACUCAACGGUGCUUACAAGCGCCUCAUUCAACAAGAUCCCAUUUGAGAUAUGGAGCCUCAUCUUGGGUCACCUGAUAACACCUGUUCGUGCUCUUCAUGAACUUUCUGGACGCGUAUCAGACUUCAUAGCACCGCAAAUUCUGGGGUUGAAUCGAGCCACUAGGAUAGAAGCUUUAAGACUUUUGGACCUGGCCCCACUUACAAUCAAGAUUGAAGAAACAGACUUUGGAGGACUACCCUCUGACUUUCCUGGACUCUCCAAUAAGAUCCCUUGCACCAGGCUAAUUGUUGACAUUAACGUAGUCAAACUCAGCCAGCUGAUUCCACUGCCCGUCCGGGCAAUCCAGAGACUUCAAUCUUCAGAUUGGAUGCAAGAUUACAUACAGUUCAUAAUCCGCGAUUUGAGCCAACGAAUCGGUAGCAUGCCGAAACUUAAAGAGCUGACACUCAAAAGUCAUCGGUCAGUCCUUCUGCCAUGUGAGGCUGGGGAUACCCGACAGGGUGUCAAGCUUAAGCUAUUUCCCGACGAAGUUUUCAGGUGUUUUCGCAAUAUUAAAGGCCUUGAGAAGGUGGAAAUUCUUGGUGACAUCAGUGGACAGCUUAUUCUGGAGCUUCAAAAGAGUAUGAGGUCGCCUAGCUGUCGGGGAACAAUUUUGUCUUCUGAACAUGGGAUGGUAUAG